UUCAAUCUUCAGCAAACACUACAGUGGUGGUUCAGUCAUCAUUCAGGACUGAUUCCUGUUAUAGAGAUGAGGCCAAAACACAACUGUUCACCAAGAUCUUCCGUUCUGCACAUUAAGGUAGUCAGAGCUGGUAGCAGUGGAAAUAAAUAUCAAUGAAGACAGACAGAAGUAAUGGAGGGUACAACACCAGAGCCUGCAUAUGUUGAUGUAGACAAGGGUUUAACAUUAGCUUGUUUUGUCUUUCUUUGUCUUUUCCUGAUUGUAAUGAUUAUUCGUUGUGCAAAAGUCAUAAUGGAUCCAUACAGUGCCAUCCCCACAUCCACAUGGGAGGAGCAGCACCUGGAUGAUUGACAGAUAUGUCAUUGUAAUAGAGGGGCCUCAAGCCCAGUAAAAUGAGGUACCUUAUUAGGAAGAUAAGAACUUGCAAUUACAGUGUGGACAUCUCUGCCACUUAAAUAAUCUGUCCCUUCUCUUUGGGUCAGACUAGGAUUAUACAGCAGUUUGGUACAAUGGAAAACUGAAUUUAAUUGCUUGCUAGUACAUAAAGUAAAAUCUGUAACAAAGCAAUACUUUGUCACAGCAUUGAUAGCCAUACAUAUGCAGUAUAACACCUCAUAUGAGAUGUCACUGUGUCAGAUCAUAGACAUUGUUACCUAUUUUCUAAAAUUCUGUAAUGAACUCAGUUUAAAUGGUUUAAUUGUUUUAAUUUACUACAUUUGAAAUACUCUGUGACACUUUUUUAUUAGUUUUUGUAUUUUAAGUUCUUGUGGUUCAAAUUAAUGUUCAAUAUUUAGAUCACUGUUGCAAUAGCCUAAGCUAUUUGGGUCUCACCCCAGUGACCAGACAGUUUUCAAAGCAUAAGGGUGACUUCCACAUGCUGAAACUGUCAGGAGCUAGAGGAAAACUCAAAAAUAAAGAUGAUUAGAGAGCCAGUUUAGUCAAAAUUGUUUGUUGCAGAAGUAUGCUCCUUCAGCAGGUUCCAUUAACUGUCAAGCUAGCUACCAAUCCUUCAAGGUUGGGCAGGUAAGUUCCUGUCAAGGAAAACCUUCCUUUAAAAUUUAUUUUCUGAGGAAAACUUGCCUUUUUCUGACUAAAAUGUGGUGCUUGCUAGGAAACAGAAUGUUUUUAUGGACUGUCAUUGCAGUUCUAAGGGAACUUGUGUAUAAAUUAAUUAUGCAAAUUUUUUGUGAAAGUAAUUCUAUUUUUUUGUCAGAAUUAUCCUACAUGUUGUCUAGAUUUAUGUUUUUAGGGCACGAUAUUAUGAGUGUGGGGGACUCCCAGUGGUUUACUUACCUCAGUAGCACUUGCUCUCUACUUUACUUUUACUGACUCAUUCAGGCUCCACUCUCCACCUUUGAGGUAUCCUUCACAGCUUAUCUAUGCAUCAGCUACCAAUUUCUGUGGUUUUACCUUCUCCAGCCCACAAAAGUCUGGGGUUACCAGACUGGCUCUUGUUGUACUCCAGCUGCUAGUGGGUGACCCUGCAUUGGCUGAUCUUGGUUUGUCAUACCUCUCAUCUUUCCUCUGGUGCAUCUAAUGUUGCACCUACAGCCAAUAAGGACUGAAAGAGAGCCGCAUCCUCUGUAUCUGUAGGGAUAUUUUUGGUGGACAAAGGGGAACAACGUUUGUCAGUCUCAAGGGAAGGGCAGGUGAAGGUCCUUCACUCAGCUGAGAUAGGGACCCUGAAUCUGGGGGCAAGUUUGCCUACUCUGAGUUUGUUAUUUUACGUUUCUCAGAAAAGGUGAACAUAAUAAGAAAAUCUUACCUUCCUCUGUUUCUAUUUCAAAGCACAGAUAUGAUUGCCUGGAAUUUGCUAUUGCUUUUUUUUCAAGAAACAGAAAAGAGUUCUCACUAUCUUUCUGACUUGGAUUUUCAGUCAGAAGAGCAGGAAUUGCAAGGUGAUUGUGAUACUUCAGGAAUUUCUUCUCAAUCUGAACAUUCUGAUUCUGAGGAAAGUAUGGUUUCAGAAUGCCCUACAGAAGAUUUUUUCUUUUUCUAAGACUAUAUCCAAGAUUAAAGAGUUUUUUUAAUGGAAGAAGAAUAAAAUUCCUAUUGAAAAGAACAUAUAUUAUGAUCUGUUACAGUAGGAUAUGCCUAAAUAUGUAGCUGCCCUUCCUGAUUUGUCUGCUUUAGAGAAUAUUUUUCUCACUGCUGUUAGUUUUCCUCCUUCCCCUGGGUAAUCUGAGUGGUUUUAUUAGGGUUCCACAGACUAAAAUAUAUUUUCCAGCCAUAUAUCAAAUCCAGGAGUAAUUUCCCUAUCUGAAACUGCUUGUGCUAAAUAGAGUACUGCUGUUAAACCCAUUGCCUCUGGCAAGGAUGUGAAAAUGUUUGCAAGUUAGGGAAGAAUGCAUAUUGUUCUGCUACUUUAGCUUUCAGGAUUUUAAACUAACAUGUUCAAAUAUUAAAACAUUUAGUUUUAUAUUUUGAGAAUGUGCAAAAGUUAAUAGCUAACCCACCUUAUUCUGAGGUGAAAAAAAUGUUGAAUUCCCUUUAACACCUGCUUCUCUUGUGACUAAGCAUAUUUCAAAAUGUGCUUAUGAUGCUGCUGAUUCUUCCUCCAGAACUGAUGCUUCUGGGUCAGUAAUGAGAAGGUUGCCUUGGCUUCAUUCUCAAAACCUUCCUGACGAUGUUAAAUUGUAAAUUCUCACUUGGACAGCAAAGUUCUCUUGCCCUUUCUGCAGCUAAGGUGCUCAAGAAAUGUGAUGAAAAGGGAAAGGUAAGUCAAGGUAUGCCUAAUAUUUUUUGAAAACUCUCCUUAUUAAAAGCAAAUUUCUCUUUUUUCAAUAAGCAAUUAAAGGAGCAAGAAGCCAUCAAACAUGUAUUUGAAACACAAUAACAAGGAGCCACCCCCCCCCAAACAAAAAAAAUGUAAAAGCCUCUAAAAUUAAGGACAGUCCUCCCAGUCAGUAUGACUAUGGGCAUAUUUAGGCCCCCCUCCAGUAACCAAUCAUUGUCUCACAGGCGUCCUCUUUCCUUAUGGCAUCUGAAUGUGGCAGACAAAUGGGUGUUAAACGUACUUCAUCAGUUAUAUACUUGGCAAUGGGAAUGCCUCCUACCCCUUCAUGGGAUUCCCUCUUGUCCAGUGAACCAACUAUCCUUGUUUUGUCUGACUCUACAUCUAAUGCUUGUACAGGGAAUAACAGAAGUAUUAUCUCCCUGCCAGAUGGGGAAAGGCUUUUAUCCAGUGUUUUUUUCCUGGUAGCAAAAAGGGAUUGAUCCUGGAGGUCUGUACUGGAGCUCUCCUUUUAAACAAGUUUGUCAAUAUUCUAAAGUUUGGAAUGCUUUCCUUUCAAUCCCUUCUGCCUCUUUCCCUUUCUUUGUUUUUUAAUUGUAAAGUUAGACUUAAAGGAUAAUUUUCAUCACGUUCCAGUUUGCAAUCAGUUCAUAUGUUCUGUGUCCGGCUUACAUGAUCAAUUCUCUGUUUUCCCUUUGGACUCUCCAUUUUUCCAAGGGUAUUCACAAAGUGUUUGACUCUAGUAACUACUUAUUGUAGAAUUCAAGGCAUUCCCAUUUUUUCCAUAUUUGAAUGAUUUCCCUAUCUUUGCAGACUAUUUUCCCAGCUGUCAAGAGUGUUUAGCAGCUGUUCAAAAUCUUCUACUCAGUCUGUUUUUUUCAAACCGACUUUCGAAAAUCUUCUCUCAUCCCAUUUGAUAGGAUUGUAUUUCUGGGAUGUCUGUUAGAUUCUGCCCAAGAAAGAGUAAUUCUUCCUUAUGUCAAGGUAGAGACGUUUCAACAGUCAUUCCCAAGUUUUUCCAACCAAUGCUAUGCAUCUGAAAGGAAAUUUUACAGGAUUUGGGGAUGCAUGACAUGGCCAUACCCCACAUGAGGAAGAUCCAGGGGUACCUCAGGUCAGUCUGGGCUCAGCAUCUGCACCAAUUACCUUUUCAGAUCCCUGUUCUGGGAUUUGUAAAACUGGAGAUUUUCUGUUGGAUAAUCAGAUUUCUUGCAAUACAGAUUUCCCAUUCUCCAUCUCAACCAUGCUCAAGUCUGUCACUACAGAUGCAUCAAACGUGACAUAGGUAACAGUCUCUACAAGGGUGAAACUGCAAGCUCUGUGGAACCUUCAUGAUGGACAGAAACACAUCAAUGUCAGAGAUAUAGUGGCCAUGAUCAGCAAUUUGAAAGCUUUAAAUCUUCUCUGGUCCCAUGGAAAACUGCAGGUUUAUCCAGACAAUAUCACAGUGAUAUGGUACAUAAAGUAAGGAAGAAGGUAUCAUAUCAUACCUGCAUUGCAGACUUGCUAUGAUAUCCUGGGAGAUAGCAACUCAGCUCAGAUUGACUAUGAAGGCUUCAUAUAUUCAAUCAAAGCAAAAUGACAUUGCAGACAAGCUAAGCAGGCCCAGGAUAGACCUUCUUUAAUGGAAACUUCAUCAUGGGGUCUUCCAAGUUUUGUUCUAACUGCAGGAAACACCUCAAGUUGUUCUACUUACCUCCUCUCACAAUAAACAACUAAAGAUAUUCUGCUCUAGGAUUUAUUGCAAACAGGCCUGGAAGACAGAUGCUUGUUCAUCCCUAUGGACGGAAAUGUUCUUAAAUUCUUUUCCACCCUUUCUCCUGUUGUCCUGAGUUCUUCUGUAGAUGCAGAGGGACUCCCCAAAAUACUGGUGGUGACUCCCUUUUGGCCCAGGCAACAGUGUUCUCCCUUCUUUUCAGUCUGACCAAGAUCAAUUACCAGAGGCUUCCCCAAAGAAUGGAUUUGUCCCACAAGACAGGGGUUGCUUGAUGCACUCUAAUCAGAAAACUCUUUAACUGACAGCCUGCAUGAAAGAACCUUUUGGGCACCCUUUUUCUGAAGACAUGCAACAGGUAAUAAAGGAAGCAAAAAAGUCUUAUUAGAAAAUCAUAUAUGUGCAAGUGUAAAAGAUUUUCUAGUUGGUGCUAGUCCAAGGAUCAGGAACCUCUUCAGGCCUGACUGCCUCUGGUUCAUGAUUAUUUCUGUGAAAUACUGUCCUCCGGCCUUUCUUAUUCCUUGGCUAGUUGUUUAUUUCCGCUUGCCUGUCCUCCGAUCCUCCCUUUCUAACCAUCCUCAAGUUAAACAGUUUUUGAGAGGUAUGUUGCAAGUGGAAAUUAAAAUUGCAGGGCAAAAACAAAACAUCAGCAGCAGGCUUUAAAAAAAUCUGCUCAGAUAAUUUUUCAGCAUUUUCAUUCCAAUGCUGUUAUUAACUCUAAUUUAUGUAAACAAGCACUGUUUUAACUGAUGCAUCAUCCAUCUUUACAGAUACUUUGCAAUUUUUUUUUAAUUUAUCAAGUUUUCAUUUAACUCAAACACAACUGAGUAUUCUAAGCAGAUGUCUGAAGUUUAUUCCUACAGCUUUACCCAAGGGAUGGGAAGUGUUAACUGAUAUUCAUAAACUUACUCAAAAAAAUCAAACUUAGAUACUAUUUUAUGAGUCAAGGUGUUAAUGUAAACAAUGAUACUGAUGUAUUACAUGUCCAGCUUGAGGAGAGGAAGUCUUCUGUGUCCUCUUCAUUUUCACUGGGUUCCCCCUCUAAUGUUUCCUUUCAUACAGCCUGUGAAAGAAUGGACAUUACUGAAAAUGUUAUUCCUAGUUUAAAUAGUUCUGUUGUUGGUAGCUAACUUUCUGUCCAUUUGAUCUAAUAGUUAUAUUGAAGUUUAUGAAAACUAGAUAUACAGGAUGUUCAUAGAUUGUUAGCCAAUUAUAUAUAUAUA